AUGCAAAAGUACGUGAAAAAGUCUGAGACACUCCACAAGCCAAGUCAAGAACACGUUGACACCUUCAAUAUCAACUUUGAUAAAGAAUAUCGCGGUACUGAUGGUGUGAAAUCGGUUACCAACUUGUUAUCCAACAUCCAUUCAGGUGAUCGUGGUGUUAUUGAAAACCAAUCCAAAGAUCCAUUCACCCACCCUGCCAUUGAUCCAGGCUACUUAACACACUCAGCUGACAUGGAAAUGAUGCGUCAAGGUGUUCGCUUUGCUAUUGAGUUAUCCAAGGCUGGUGAAAUGGGUGACUACAUUACCAAACAAGAGAACUACAACAACAACACAGAUGAGGCUAUUGAUAUGGCUAUCAGAGACGACGCACACACCGAGUACCACCCACUCGGUACGGCUGCUAUGCUUCCACUCGACAAGGGUGGUGUUGUCAACACAUCUCUACUAUUGACAUUGUCUAUGGUACUUCAAAACUCAAAGUAG